AUGGCACUGAUCGAGUGUGCCGAGUCGCUGUCUUCCUCCACCAAGGGGAAACUGCAGGACGCUGGGAUCCUCUACGUUUCCGAGGUCGUCGCCCUUCUCUCCUCCACGGGUUACGGCGCUGGUAGUGACGGUGACGGCAAGCCGGCUUCAGCGCUGCGGCACCUCAGCACUGUAUGGAAGCAUUAUGUGUCACCAAGUGACCCCCGAGGAACGCGCCGACCGAGACGAGAUACCAGCGGAGAUGACCUUGGGGGUUUUGAUGGGCAGGGCGAGCCGGCCAGCGCCUCGCUCAGCAUCGAGGCGACGGCGCCAUCGAAUUACCACAAAGAGGCCGAGGCGUCAAGAUUUCUGAAUCUCACCGAGGACGAGAUGCGCGAGAUUGUUGAGAUGGCGGCACGUGCCGCCGUAGGGGCGGAUGGGGAACACGAGGGAGGCAAGGAUACUGCUUCCAGUGCGCGCGAGAGAGAUUUCGUUCAUGGUGUGAUGUCAUCUUCGCCUCCUCGCGCACCGGCUUUUUCAUCCCGGUCGGCGGACUCUGCACCCAAGGCACGCGAACACGCUCACAAGAGUGACAGUCGCUCUGGUGCGAUCCCGGGGUGCCGCACGGUGCGUGAGAUGCACGCGGAAUUCCAGGCCUGUCAAGCGCAGGGCUUUCCGACCCACGUGACAACUUUCUCUCGCGAGCUCGACGGUGUACUUGGCGGUGGCGUUCCUGUUGGCGGCGUCACCGAGAUCAGCGGGCCCCCUGGUGUUGGCAAGACACAGCUGUUGAUGCAGCUAGCUGUUAGCUGUGCCAUGCCAGUAGAGUUCGGAGGGAUGGGUGGUGCGUGCCUUUACGUUGAUACGGAGGGCAGCUUUGUGGCGGAGCGCUUAGAGCAAAUGGCGACAGCGGCGGUGUCCCUCGUGCGCGCCAUCCUUCUCACUCAGCCGCAGCGGCCACGAAAUGAGACAACCGUUGCGCCAUCAUCAGACGCGCGACUGCCACGAGAGUCGCCUAAAAAGCGAGGCCGAUCCCCCCCACGGGAUCCCCAAAAGACGUCGCGUUCACACGGUGAUUGCACGGACUUUAGUGCCGCACCAGGCAUUCAAGCGGAGUUCACGGUGGAGUCCGUGUUGCAGCGGGUGCACUACAUUCGAGUGACAGACCUCGCAGGGCUGCUGGCGCUCCUGCACAGUCUGCCGUCGUGGUUUGAGGAGGAGCGCAUUGCCGAGGCGAAGAAUGUUGCCAGAAGCAGCGCAGCUGACACUCCGACGCAUUCUUCAGGGCAGGACAACAGCUCAUCCAACAGCGCAGACGCGGCAGUGCGUAUGGUUCUGAUAGACUCUAUCGCGUUGCCAUUCCGCUCCUUCGACGACUUCCACAGAGACGGACUCAUGAGCAGCACUGGUAGCGGUGGGGACAACGCUGUGCAUCUGCUCGGCUACACGGGUAUGAGUGCUGUGCACAACGGCCUCCCCUUGCAGUCCCCCAACAGGCUCUUGUCGAAGCACGGACUCUGGCGACGGUCGCGGCUGUUGUUUCAGUGCAGUACGCUGCUGGAGCGACUGGCUGCCACGUUUCAGCUGGCCAUUGUCGUGACCAAUCAUAUGACCACCAAGAUGCUGCACGGCACUACCGUCAAUGGCACCUCAGCAGAGGGAUCUGGUUACUCCGCGCCGAAUGGCGAGGUGAGCGCAGGCCAACUUCGGCAGAGCGUUCUCAUCCCGGCGCUCGGUGAUGCGUGGGGCCAGGGCCUCUCCACGCGGCUUUUGCUUUCUUUUCAUCACUACGACGUCCCAGCCUGCAGUUUUGUUGAUCGACCCACCUCGCCGACGGCUGCUACGGAGUGCAUGGAAGACGUUGUCUAUUCCUUGUCAUCACGGCAGCAACAGCCGAAGACCUCUCUGCGCAGCGUGGUGCAGCACCGGGUGGUGCGGGUGCUCAAGUGCAGCGGCCAGCCGAGGCGGGAGACGUGCUUCGCCGUGACGUCAAAGGGGAUUCGUGACGCUCGCAGAGACAUCGUGUCGCAACGCGUUUCGAAGGCUAUUGGUGCCAGAGAACCGCACGAAUAG